UGCAUGUUUUACAAAACCCGUCUUGUCGUUGACUUCACGCAGCUCCUGAGCAAGAGGGGCUAAUAUGUCGAUGGAGGAUCCUUUUUUCGUGGUUAAAGGGGAGGUGCAGAAGGCCCUGUCGAAAGCACAGGGUUUGUAUGAGCGCUGGGAGGAGUUGCUGCAGGAGGAGACCCCCGUCAGCAGAGAUGAGCUCGACUGGAGCACCAAUGAGCUCCGAAAUUGCCUGAGGGCCAUCGACUGGGACCUGGAAGACCUACAUGAAACCAUCAGUAUUGUGGAGGCGAACCCUGGAAAGUUCCGAUUAGGAGAACAUGAACUCCAGGAGAGACGAGACUUUGUGGAAAGAACACGGAAAUCCGUUCAGCUAAUGAAGGAGCAGCUCUCCAGUCCCUCUGCUGUGGCACAAGCGGAGAAGAAAAACAAACAGGCUCUGCUCGGGGCCACAGCAAAGGACCGAUACGCCGGUCUGGAGCCUCAUCUGGUGUCUGCAAACUCCAGAUAUAUUCAGGAGCAACAGGAGCAGCAGCAGUUGAUCAUGCAGGACCAGGAUGAGCAUUUGGAGCUGGUCACAGGCAGUAUCCGCGUCCUGAAGGACAUGUCCAGCAGGAUAGGAGACGAGCUGGAUGAACAGGCAGUUAUGCUGGGUGAGUUUAAUGAAGAGAUGGACCAGACCGGUUCUAGAAUGGACUCGGUGUUGAAGAAAAUGGAGAAGGUUUCACACAUGACCAGCAGUCGGAGACAGUGGUGCGCUAUUGGAGUUCUUGUCAUUAUACUGAUCGUGGUGCUCAUUUUGUUCUUCGCCAUUUAAACCAGACACUUCUUCGGUUUGGCCUUCCAUCAUGCUGAAAUCUUACAGAGGAAGACAGAAGUUUACCACGAUUCUUCCAUUAUCCUUUAUGAGAGAGAUGUCGAGAGUUAUUUUUUAUAGUCCUUUUCACCUCAUCUUGUCUUCAGUAACCCACAUCGCUUCUCCUGUUUUUGGGUGGACUCUGCAAGGUCUGUUCCAGCAUUUCACUGGCGCCGAGGUGGAAUUUAACAGUUAUUAUUAUGUUCCUUAUGUUUUAAUGUGGUACAGAGUGCAUGUGGGGCUGGGGAAUUUGAUAUUGCCUUAUUAUAUUUUUAUAUGUUUGAUUCUGACAGUGCAGUCAUUGUGAAAGUUAUAUAUCAAUAUACUCAUUGUGUGCUGAUGGGUGGUUCACCAAAUAUUUAACAAAGUAAAUGUUGUUUUUUAAAGUAAUCAACCCAUAACGAGCACAAUGAGUCAAUGCAGUCUUAUAGCGCCCUCUAGAUUUCUAGAUCGACAUACCAAAGUUAAAGGGAUAGUUCACCCAAAAUUGAACAUUCUGUCAUCAUUUACUCACACUUCACUAAAUCAAAACAU